AUGUCAUCGUUCGCGGGUGCUACCCCCACUGGAGAGGAGAUGGAAGCCGGUCACAUCCAGUUCCCACGUGUCGACGUGCAGACGCCUGCGACUGCACGCUGUGCUCCAUUUAUCAUCGCAGUCCUAAACAAUUAUUGCCUUGACGAUUUCGUCGCACAGAUCCUUACAAACCUGACUCGUACACCAUGUGAAUUUUACCCUCACAACUCUGGGGCCCGAAUGCAACUUGCUUAUGCAAGUGUAGAAAGAAACCUCCUCUCGCAUUCAGAUGGGGAUAACUUCUCCAAAUCUUUGGUGGAUGAAACACUAAAUUAUCUGAAUGAGAUCUAUUACAUGCAGAAGUUUGCCAAACAAAGAGCCGAUUUCUUUGAUAGAUCCAUAGCUGAUUGCAAGUCCAUCAUUGAGCGAUCGAAACCUCGGGGCUGUUAUCCCAACACCAAUCGCUUGAUCGAGAGAAUGAACAUCUAUGAAGACAUCAUUAAAAGACUUGAGGAGUCUAAGCUUUUGAAUCAGAAUCAGUUCAAAUCUUUACCGACACUUGAGAAAGACGUUGGUCGAGGGCUAGACCUUCUAUUCAAAAAACGAACUCUGGAGCAAAAUGAUCUCGCUUUGAAGGCCAAUCUCAACAAUAAGGCAAUCCUCGUAUUCACGAUCAUUGAAGCUAUGGAAACGUACCUAGCCGCCUACGCCGACCCGUACCAAUACUCAGCCCGGUUGUAG